AUGAAGUUCGGAAGCAGGAAAGGCACGUUGACCUCGGCGGGCAGUAUGCCCUCACUUCGGAUCCUGCCCAAUCAAGGUGCUGGUAAUCGAAAAGCACCCGACCCCGUGGAGGGCUACAUUUUGAAGGGUCGUAAGUGGCCGCUCAAAGGUUACCACAAGCGAUACUUCCGUCUCGCGGCUGGAUCUCUGAUCUACGCGAAAACGCCCAGUACUCUCAGCAAGGGGAAAAUCAGUGCUCGAGUCGACCUGGCAAACACAUUCGUGACGACAGAAAAGGCCAAACUGAACAUCGAAAUCGACGCCUCAAUCGUUGUGUACCACCUAAAGGUAAUUUGA